AUGCUUACUCGCGCAGAAUUCUUCGCCCAAGCUCCUGCUAUCGUACAGCCAGGAGACACAUGUCCCAUUUGUCUAGAGGAACUAGAGGGCCAACACCCUCUUCGCCUCAGGUGCAACCCGAACCACGUCUACUGUCGAGAAUGCAUCAGACCAUGGGCCACCCAGCACCGUCGUUGUAUCCUGAUGUGUGGAAUUGAACCGUGGGAUCCUGCACCAUGGACAGACAUCUCACAAGCACUUAUACAUAAGACCAACGUGGACUUGUUCCAUUCGGCCAAGUAUACCUUUGGAGUUUCGCCUGGAACACGAGCUGACUAUAUCGCGGGUUCGUUCACAUUUACCGAGGAUGACACCUUCCUGCCUUUGGACGGACGCUGGAUUGAUUACCUCGCUGCUAGACGUGAGCCGAACAUGAAAGGUAUACCCAUGAUUCAAGUGAGCAUCGAAAGCCAAAUGGCCAUGGAAGGUGUUGGCUUGUCCGAACCCGAGAGACUUCUCCUCCCAAUCGUCAAUCUUGCUAAUGUCAUUCCCCUCCUUGCAGCCAACUCAGGUCGCCCAUACAAUGCAAGUGACAUGCAGCAAUGGCGCCUCGUGGCGACACACUUGGUUAGUCACAUUCCUAUGGAUGCUGUGGUCUUCCCAGAGAUCGAGGUCGUGCCUAGAGAUUUGAAGGAGGUAAUCCUCAAAAGCCUGAGUACCGCGGGUGCGGACGUGACCAACAUCACGUUUUUGCAAAAGGGAACGCAUGGCUCAGAUCUGGACCUCCUGAUGGAGUAUGUUGCAUACAUCAUGUAUAGGGAGUGCUGGGUGACGAGUACGCAUACUCGCCCAGGAUUCAUAGCACUGCAGAAGUUUCGUUCUUUGCGUAAAAUCCAAGCUCGGCGAUUCGAGCAGGCCACAUGGAUGCUUGAGGAUCCCGAGCGUCAAUGUGAAAUGAUGUGA